UGAUUCGUUCUAAAAAGAAAACUCUUAAUAUGUCGCAGAGGAACGUCCUGGGAGCUGAAAGAGUCAAGGUCAUGUUCCACUCGUAACCAAAACGGUGAACGAACUUUCACGUUAUUAAAUAUAUUAUAUUAGGAGUCAGGGUUAAGUAAGCUGAAUAAACACAGCGACAGACUCCUCAGAAGGUCGUUCAGUGUUUACAAGUACAAUUGAGCCAAAUCUGAGUUAGUCGUUUGUACGUAUAUACCAAGGCGAUGGGUAAAUGCGCAAACUGGGUAGACAGCUGAGUUUGAUCAAAUUCCCUUAAACUGUUUAAGGAUGUAAGUACAUGUACAUAACAACAUGGGAAAGCAGGAUAAAAAAGAAGGCGUUUCUAUCCACUGGUUUAGACAUGGGCUGAGAUUUCAUGACAAUGCCUCCUUGCAAGAAGCCCUAAAGGAUGUAAAGGAGUGUUACUUGAUUUUCAUAUUUGAUGGUUCUGUGGCAGGCACAGACACUGCUGGGUAUAAUAGAUGGCGCUUUUUGCUAGAGUGCCUAGAAGACUUGGACAACCAGCUAAAAGAACUUGGAGGAAGGCUGUAUACAUUUCAAGGCGAUCCUGUAGAGAUUUUACAGAAACUGUUUGAUGAAUGGGGAGUGACAAAGUUGACAUUUGAGCAAGAUCCAGAGCCUCCUUGGCAAAAACGGGAUAUUGCUGUGAAAAAACUCUGUAGAGAAAAGAACAUUGAGUGUAUUGAAAAAGUAUCCCACACUUUGUACAACCCCCAAGACAUUUUGAAAGCAAAUGGAGGCAGUCCCCCCUUGACUUAUGCCAUGUUCUGUGAGGUUUGCAAAACUCUCCCUGCGCCAGAAAGACCACAGCCUGUCCCAAGCUUCUCUGGGGUAUCAUUGCCUGUGGCUAAUGAUUUUUCCAAAUUUGAAUUGCCUACGCUGAAUGAUUUUGGAAUAACACCUGAAUGUUCAGAGCAGAAAAAAAAGAAAACACCCCCCUAUCUUGGGGGCGAGUCUCGUGGGUUGGACUUGUUGGAACUCAGAAGAAUGCAGGAAAAGACUUCCUAUAAAGCUGGAUUUAUUCUGCCACACUAUGUCAACCCUGAUUUGAGUGGCCCUCCUCUUAGCAUGAGUCCACAUCUGAGAUUUGGCUGUGUGUCUGUCAGGAGGUUUUAUUACACUAUACUGGACACUUUCAGAGAAGUUUAUAAGGACCACGAGCAAUCAAAUGAGUUGCUCACAGCUCAGUUGAUGUGGAGAGAGUACUUCUAUGUGAUGUCGGUGAACAAUUCAAACUUCACUAAGAUGGUAAACAAUCCCAUCUGCCUGCAGAUUGACUUCAACUGGGACCAUGAGGUUGUCAGGAAAUGGGAAAAGGGACAGACUGGGUAUCCAUGGAUUGAUGCUUGUAUGAGGCAGCUGGUACAGGAGGGUUGGCUGCAUCAGGUGGGGCGGCAUGCUGUGUCUGUGUUUUUGACCAGAGGGGACGCGUGGCAGCACUGGGAAAUGGGAUUACAGGUUUUCUUCAAGUACCUGUUGGAUGCUGAUUGGUCAGUCUGUGCUGGCAAUUGGAUGUGGGUAUCGAGCUCUGCAUUUGAGAAGUGCCUGGACUGCCCCAAAUGUUUUCACCCGGUGCGCUAUGGCCAGAGGAUGGACCCUGUUGGAGAUUAUGUGAGACGGUAUGUGCCAGAGCUUUCCCAGUUCCCCCUGCGUUAUCUCUUCCACCCCUGGAGGGCGCCACUGGAGGUUCAGAAAAAAGCAGGUUGUAUCAUUGGCAAGGACUAUCCUGCACCAAUUGUGAAUCAUGCAGAAGCUGCCAUGAAAAACGGAGAAAGGAUGUCUCUUGUUCGUGAAAAAUAUGCAAAACUUCCUGACAUUCCUCAUGUGAAGCCUUCUAAUGAUGAAGAAGUAUGGCGGAUUGCUUGGCUGCCGAGAAACUUGACUUCUGUCCCCUGUGUGUCUUCUGACAAAUGUGAUGCUUUGGAUAUUGAUAACCUUGAUGGAUUGAGUAUGUAAAACAUAUAUCCAGUGUCUCAAUUUAGCUGAAUCUCAAAAGCAGUUACCAGGUCACAUAUAAAGGGAAGGCUCAGUAGAUACUGUGUACGUACCAGUAGGUUGAUUAUCUAUCAUAUAAUUUAUGCACACUUUUCAUAUUUCAAUACUUAAAAGGAUUACACAAGAAAGAAGUUGAUACAUUGCACAAAAUUUGCAGCAUAUCAGCCAACAAUUAACUAUUGUUUCAGAAUUGCAAAUCACUUCUUAAAUAUAAUUGAAUACAUUUACAGCUUGGUUAAUUGGUAAAUUACAGAAACAUGCAGAGUAAUGCUUAUGAGUAAUAAUGUAACUGAAAUAUUUGAUUGAAUUAAAAAACAAUUAAAUACUUACUUUUGAGAUAUUAAAAUGUAUACCAUAUAUUUUAAUAAAGGAGGUAUUGUUAUCAUUGUGAAACUUUAAUGGAAUUAAUUUUAUGAAAGUGCAUUAAAACUUAUGCCCAUUGACAUGCUAUUUCUUGAAUUUUUUUGUCAGGCAGUGGAAGUAAAAGUUAAGAAAAUUGUUUUGUUUAUAUUAACAUCAUAUGUUGUGAAAGCUGUAUGUCACGAUAAAUGUUCAUGUGGAAUAUUUUAUAUUAUCAGUAAUAUUUCAAAAGUCAUUAUCAUAUCACUGAGUAAAUUUGUCCAAUCUGAUUGGUUGAAAAGUGCUGAAUAUGGUGCAAUAUACUACACCCCUGACCCUCAUUUACUGACAGUAUUUUAAAAAAAUAGGUCAGCUGCCAAAUAGCGUAGUUACAUCACUUUGGCAGUAUUUUGCCUAACUUUGCAGCGUAUAGUAUUUGCAAUUGAAAUGAGGUAAACAUGGGGUUACGUAUCUUAAUUCUCAGUUAUGUAUUAAGAGUUAUGUAUUAAUUGUAUGUAUUAAUUCGUAAUUAAGAGCAAACACUCCACAACAUGAUGAAUUUGUUACGUAGUCACCUAGUGGAGGAUGAGGAAAAAAUGUCUGUAUUUGGACUCGAAUUGUGCCUCACGCAAUUCAGAUUUUUUAGAGAGCUCUAUACCAUUCUGUGUCCCCCAGUAGGUGAUUACGUAGUUUGUGAUAUUAUAAUAGCAAUGUACCGUAAUCCUGUAAAGCAUCAUUAAAUGAGUCAUUUUAAUCAUUCGUACUGUGUAAAGUAACUCCAUGAAGUGAUCAGUAUUAAUUAUGUGA